AUGAACAGGUUCGAUCUGCACAGAGAAGGCUCUUGCUCCUCGAAAUCAACUUAUCAGCAAGACAUAACGACGCUAAACAUUCAUCACAACAAUAAUCUUAUGAGUAGUUCUGUAACUCCGUCUUCUUCUUCUUCUUCGGCUUCUUUCUCUGCUAACCUGCCUGCCAACUUCACUCACAGUAAGUUCCAUGGCUUCCCUGACCUUGACGACCACGAUCUCCUGUCCACCAUUGUCCCUGCCGUGACGGUGGUCUUGGAGGGCCGUUCCAUCUGCCACCGAAUCAACCUCCACCACCACGCCAGCUACCACAGCCUCGCCAAGGCUCUCCGCCAGAUGUAUGUCGACCCGGCUGGAAUGGCGGAGGCGGCGGCCGAUGACCGCAAUCUUGAUCUUUCCAAUGCCAUUCCCGGUCACCUUAUUGCUUAUGAAGAUAUGGAGAAUGAUCUGCUUCUCGCCGGCGACCUCAACUGGAAGGAUUUUGUACGCGUGGCAAAGAGAAUUCGGAUAAUUCCAGCCAAGCAAAACUCAGGAGGGCACAAGAAGAGGAACAUGAAGUGUUAAUUGAGAGGUCAUAAGGCAAAUCAAUUCAGAACGAUAUAUGUCCACAAGAUAUUUGGA